AUGAGAAUACUACACUUGGCGACAAGUGAUUAUCGGGCAAUGAAUUGGGCAGCAGAUCAUGGCCAUCUCGAAAUAAAAUCUGGUGAAAGAUCAUGUUAUGUAGAUCCAACUGUAAAACCAACUGUAAAACCAUCAUCCAAUAAUUUAACACCACUUGACAAUAUACAAGAUGCUCUCGUACCAGCAGAUUCUGUCGCGUUGCCAAUAGAAGAGCAGGAUAUACCAAUAAGGAAUAUAAUGUCUAGAUGGGAAUUUUAA